AACCGGUCGCACCAACAGACAGUCCAGGGCUCCCCCAAGUCGCCCCACCUCCACCCAAACCCAAACCCAACCCGCUCGCUCGCUCGCCGCCGGCCGCCGCCCAGCGCCUCCGCCGACCCCUCGCUCCCGCCGCACGCCGCCCCCAUGGCGGAUCCCUACCGCUCGUACCUCCCGUCCUCCUCUCACGACAGAGUUCCACUGGGCGGUUAUCCUGGGUAUGUUCCACAUGAGGAAUCAUCCUAUUAUGCUUCAAAAAUGGCUGCUCUGCGAGGAGUACAAAAUAUACCUAGAGUUGAUGUACCAUUACAGUCAAGAGCUUAUGGUUUGGAUGUUCCAGCAGGCGUGAGCCAUCCUGCUUAUGGUUUGGAUGUUCCAGCAGGCGUGAGCCAUCCUGCUUAUGGUUUGGAUGUUCCCGCAGGCGUGAGCCAUCCUGCUUAUGGUUUGGAUGUUCCAGCAGGCGUGAGCCAUCCUGCUUAUGGUUUGGAUGUUCCCGCAGGCGUGAGCCAUCCUGCUUAUGGUUUGGAUGUUCCAGCAGGCGUGAGCCAUCCUGCUUAUGGUUUGGAUGUUCCCGCAGGCGUGAGCCAUCCUGCUUAUGGUUUGGAUGUUCCAGCAGGCGUGAGCCAUCCUGCUUAUGGUUUGGAUGUUCCCGCAGGCGUGAGCCAUCCUGCUUAUGGUUUGGAUGUUCCAGCAGGCGUGAGCCAUCCUGCUUUGGUUGGAUUGGGUGCACUGCCAGCUGGAGCUAGGCCGCGGGGACCUAGCCCUUUGGAAGACCCAGCUCUAGUCCAGAGAAGUUCUUCACUUGGCAAAAGUGUCAGUGUUUCAGAAGUUGAGCGCCCCAAACCCCUUUUGAUUGUCGAUCGGCCAUCAGAAGAUGAAUCCAACAUUCUUUUUGUUGAUGGUCUCCCAACAGAUUGCACCAGGAGAGAAGUAGCUCAUUUGUUCCGUCCUUUCGUUGGCUUCAAGGACCUCAGACUUGUGCACAAGGAGCCCAGACGUAGUGGUGACAAGGCUUAUGCUCUGUGCUUUGUGGAGUUCAGUGACGCAAAAUGUGCAGGGACUGCUAUGGAGGCUCUCCAAGAAUACCGCUUUGACGAGAGGAAGGCCGACGGCCCAUUCCUCAAGAUUCAGUUCGCAAGGUUCCCGUUCCGACCUCCGCCAUCCCAUGAAGAUCGAAAACGCCCUAGUGCUCGCUGAUCUCCGUCAUCUAUAUAUCCCCCCCUUUGCCAGCAGUGUAUUGUAGGCAGUGGGCCAUUGUAGAUCAGCUAUGUUCGUUGAGCCUGUAGUAGCAACCUGUGAUGGGCCGUUGUCAGCUGGAGAUUGGCUAGCUGGACAGACUUGUCUGAUACCCACCUGCCUCCCUUGGCACAUUCGCCGUGUUCCCGCGUCACAUUUUUUGCGGGUGGAUAUGCUAGAAAUGAUAUGGCAUUCGCCGUGUUCCCGCGUCA